AUGUCGCGAAAUUCGUUUUUGUUGUCACUAACGAAAAAGAGCCCCUUCCCGGGAAAUUUGUCAACAAACCGAUGGAGCGACCUGUGUUCUCCACGGAUAACGGAACUGGAUGUAAAAAUAUUCCUUGAAAAUAAUCCUAGUGUGUUUCGUCGUUACGUAAUGGAAUCCGUCAGUGUAGAGACUUUGGAUGAACUGAUCAAACGAAAACGGAGAACAACAUCAUGUCGGGUGACAAAGCGUCACAAGGCGCUACUAGGGGACUACGAAUUAUUGUCUACGAAGGAUGUGGCUUCAAAACUACUGGAGAGCGUCAAUUCAAACAAUUUGCUAAGUCGUAUGGAGCAGUUGGGUAAGAUUCUCACCCAGGCAAUUCAUGGAGAUUCUCACUCGCUUUACAUACCAAAACACAACGAUACAGAACUUCAUUUGUAUCGAGGUGGGGUAACAAUACCUUACGGACCCACCGGCAAAGGCAGCACGGUUGCUGCGCAUGCGUUCGACACAAAGACCACACUGGUGAUUUCUGAUCUGUCACUAGAACUAGGAAGGUUUCCGAAGGGAACAGGUCCCGGAGAGGCCAUUGACGUUAGCGUACUGUGUGUGCCGCUAGUUCUUCCAUCCGAUGACAUCAUUGGUGUAAUAGAAGUCGUGCGCAACAUCAAAAAGCAUCCAUUUUCUAGAUCAGAUAUUCAAAUGGCACACGCGCUCUUGAGUUGGAUGGUCGCUUGUAUCAACGAGAACAACAUGAAGCGAGUUUUGAACUCUCAACAGCAUCUAAAUGACUUCUUGCUGGAAACCACGCGCAUCAUCUUCGAUGAAAUGACUAGUACUGACCUUCUGGUCCAGAAGAUUAUGAUGUUCACUAAGAAUUUGGUCAGUGCUGACCGAUGUUCUAUGUUUUUAGUGGAUGAAGAAACCAACGAAUUGUACGCCGAUUAUUUUGAUGAAGGAAAGAAGACGGAAGAUGGCCAGUCUAUCAUUUCAAAGAAAUCUCAAAUCCGUUUCCAUAGAGACAAAGGGAUAGCUGGUUUUGUUGCAAGAAGUGGACAGGUAGUGAAUAUACUGGAUGCCUACUUAGAUUCUCGUUUUAAUCCGGAAGUAGAUAAACUAACCGGAUAUAAAACAAGAAACAUCCUGUGCAUGCCCAUUGUGAGCAAGGACCAGGUAGUGGGCGUGGUCCAAUUGAUCAACAGUUUGCGGGGAGAGCAUUUCACCAACGCGGACGAAAGCGCCUUCAGGAUGUUCUCAGUGUACUGUGCCAUGGCGCUCCACUACAGCCGUUUGUACAAUAUGCUUGUUCGCCAACAGAAUCAGUACAAGGUAGCUUUGGAGGUCAUCCAAUACCACAUCGUGUGUAAAGAGGAAGAGAUGAAAGAGCUAUUGGCAGACCCUCGCAUCCAGGAAGACGAUAUUCCCAAUGAUUUCUUCACGUUCGAUUUCUGCGCAUACAACUUUGCGUCUCUCUUGCCCCAGCUGUUCAUCCACAUGGUGAUAGACAUGUUCGGAGAAGACACGUUUGAGAUGGAGCAGCUAUGUCGAUUUACAAUCACAGUACGUAAGAAUUACAGAGAUAUUGCCUAUCACAACUGGGAUCACGGGUUCCAUGUGGCGCACUCACUUUGGUGCAUGAUGCGAGCAAGUCCGGGAAUCUUUACCCCGUUUGAACAGAUGGCGAUCCUCAUCAGCGGUAUAUGCCACGAUGUAGAUCAUCGUGGGUAUAAUAACGCUUUUUUCUCCAAGAUGAAUCUGCCCCUGGCCUCCCUUUACUCAACGUCUGUGAUGGAACAACACCACUAUAAACACACAGUAACCAUACUUCAGAUGAAUGGUAAGGGUAUCUUCUCCUUCCUCACGGCCAACGAGUACAAAGAUAUGCUUGGUAUUGUACAGCACUGUAUACUAGCGACAGAUCUAGCGCUUUAUUUCACAAACCAGAAGACAAUAUCCAAACAACUAUCAGAAGGGGCCUUCGAUCUGGAAGACCAUGCCAGCAAAAUGAAAACGAUCGCCCUGAUGAUGACAGGCGCUGAUCUUUGUGCCAUUUCAAAGCCGUGGGACACACAGGGGAUAACAGUCGACUUUCUGUACGAGGAAUUUUACGACCAGGGUGAUCUAGAGAAGAGCCACGGUAUAGAACCGCUGCCCAUGAUGGAUCGUGAGCGGAUAAAGGAACGCCCUCAGCAGCAGGUCGGUUUUAUAGACUUCAUAUGUCAUCCUCUCUAUAAAACACUUCACCAAAUCCUGCCUGGCUCCGAACCACUCCUGGACGGGUGUUCAAGGAGCAGAGAAGGAUGGUCUCAGGUCCUGGCGGAAUAUGCAGAGGAAGAGAGAAAGAACAAAGAAGAGGAAAGUGGGAAAGAACAAAGUGAUGAGCUAUCAGAGAGUGAUACAGCGACGGCAGAAGAAAGCUGA